AUGACAGCCCGAGGUAGAGGCAGAGCAAGGAAUGCUCCUUUAAAUGCACAGACUAAUAACGACCACUGUGAUGUAUGUACGUACGGAGGUCGUAUGAUGUGCUGUGACGGGUGCCCAAAGGCAUUUCACUUUACUUGUUUGGUACCUCCGCUUGACGUUGAUAAUCCACCAACUGGAAAUUGGUAUUGUAGAGAAUGUGGUGCUGAAAGUUCUCGUCAACCACAACAACGAGGUCGCAAAGGUCGUCGUAAAGGCAACCUUUUUAAAGAACUGAAAGAUAGAGCUCGUACAUCAAAUCCAACAUCCUUUAUGUUGCCGGAACAUAUUAGAAAUGCGUUUGACGGAAUAUUUGCAGGCAAGCAUGGAGAAUUUCGGGAUUCUAAUAAGGAGAAGCCUGUACAACUUGACAAAAGGGGUUACCCAGUAGAGCCGGAUCGGGAAAAAUUUAUCGAUUCAAAAGGAAAGCAAAUUCGUUGUUAUAACUGCAAGCUACCUCCGAAACAUCUGAAACCGGUAAUGUCAUGCGAUUUUUGUGACCAACAUUGGCACUUUGAUUGUCUGACACCACCCCUUACAAUCGCACCUCCAUUGCACAAGAAGUGGAUGUGUCCACUUCACGCGGAUCAUGUAUUGCCUCCGAUGCGUAGAUUGCGUGGAGAAGAUGUUCUGCCUUAUAUGGAUAAUACUGCAAUCGAACUUCCUCCUGAAAGGCGGCGGAUUGAAUGCGAUCCGGAAUUUUACCUCAACGAAACUUUACACAGGUUACCAAAACAAAGUAUCAGAUUGAACUGGAUUGGGCAGUUAAAGGCGGUAAUGGAUGAAGAAAAAGAAGAAAUGUUGCAAAUGACGGGAGCCACAGAAAAGGUGCAGUCAUCAAGCAAAGAAGGUGAGGUUCCUCUGCAAAAUUCCGAUAAAGGCAAAAGGAAGGAAUUUUUCCGAGAAAAUGAGGUCCUUAUUCGCGAAAAAGGCAAGGGUAAGGAAAUAGCUCACGAUGGAUGUAAAGGAAAAGAAUUCAUUUCCCAGCUGGAUGAAGAUGUUCAAAUGGCGAUAGCAAUUGAACUAUCACGGAAUGAAUAUGAUGAUAAAGCGGGACCAAGUGGAUCAAAUGGGGAUAAUUACGAAGACGAGAGGCAACUUCAACCUGAAGAUUAUGAAGCAGUUGAAUCGUUGAUAAGUUCGUCCUCAUCGAUGAACAUGCGAAUCCAAACAGAUUCCGAAGAAAAUGAAAACGUCGAAAAAAGAAGCCUUAUAAUAGGAGAACGUGCAGUAAAACGACCUCGUCAAGAUAAUGAAGACAAUGCCGGUUUAGGAAACAACGAUGAUGAAGCCGUGAAAGAUGAGGAAAAUCCAUUAUUCUUGUUGGUUGAAGCUGCCUUUGGUGGCUUUGUUCCAAUCCAUUAA